AUGCCAGAUUCUGAAAGUAAUUUGGUGUCUUCACAUGUGGAUGUUAUAAAUGGUACUUCAGUCUUGAGUGAAACGAAAAUUUUGGAUGAAAAGGGAUCUGUUGAAAAAAGAACAGUGACUCAGAUUGGGAAGGAUGGCUAUCCUGACUCCAUAUACAUAAAUGCUGCUAAGAUUUUUCAAGGCCUUCGUACGGAAAAGAGUUCGGGUAAAAUCCUGCUGCGGUAUGGAGAUGCCUCAGAGUCUCCCACAGUGGCUUUUAAAGAUGAGCAGUCCAGGCGUGUGUCCUAUGAACUGGCUUUCAAAGCUCUAAAAUAUCAAGAUCUUCUUGAAGAAAUGUUGGUAGAUAGUAAGGUUUACCCAUGCUACUCAAUACCAGAUGAGCUAACCAGCUUGCUUGUUGUGAUGCUUUAUGACCUACAAGACCGAAAAUUUCAAAACCGAAAGAUUUUUGCUGAAGAGGAACUUGUAGCAGAAGUUCAGGAAAUAGGGGAUUAUUUAUACAGCUAUGAGACCAAACUGGCAGCUGCGCUAGUACGAUGUCGCAUCAAACAUGAUGCUCUUUCAAUUGAAUACUUUGUACCAGAAACCAUAUCAAAGCAGGAACAAAGGACUUCUGCUCUACCUAUCUAUUUUUGGAUAAACACAUUUAAAAUCAGCCUUGAAGAUGUUAUCAGAGAUUUGGAGAUGAAGGGGUUCACAAAGGUUGAAUCUGUGUCAGACUUUGACCAUUACACGUAUGCUGUGGACCAACAUUGCCAAGAUGUAUUGGUUUUUCCUUCCUCUCUUAAAGAAGAACUGCUUAAUUUAGAUGUUUUUGCAGAUUGCAAACUCUUACUGCAGGAUAAGUCUCGCAGCCUCGCUGUGCACUCCGCACGCGCGCUGUUGAGCGAAGGUGCUGACGUUAUAAUGGCUCACGUGGGUUCCCACCUGACCAUUGCCCAUAUGUCAGUGCUGACAAAUGACAGCAGCUCCAGCAUUUUUGUUUGUGGUGUGAAAUCUUUGGCAAAAGAAGAAGAACUGAUGAACAAUUUCAGUCACAUGGGAUGUACAAAUAUUUGGUUGUUACAUGAAGACUUUACUGAGCUUCGGCCAACAGACCCAAGACUUGAAAAGGCAAAAGUUAUUUUGCUGAUACCACAAUGCUCAGAGCUGGGUGCUGGCAAUCCAAUGGAGCUUAUUUUAAGUGAGCACAGAGAUGCAGAAUUGCUACGAGACCUUUUCCAGGGAUUUGUGUCUGAGGAUAAACUCAGGAUUCUUGCUGAGAGGCAGCUUAAUGAGUUGCUUCAUGCACUGAAAUUUAACAAAGUACAAGCUAUUGUUUACUGCACUUGCUCAGUUUACCCAGAAGAAAAUGAACUUGUAGUGAAAAAAGCACUGGAAUCUGGAGUGGAGGGAGAUAAAGUACGACCAUAUAGGCUUAUUCCUUCUAUUUUUUCUACUUGCUCUGAUUCAGAGUCUUCCACUGAAAUGUUUUUCAAAAUGGAGCCAUCAGAAAUUUCCAGUGGUUGUUUCCUAGCUGUUCUAGAGAGAGAGAAAAAGGCAUCUGCUAAAGACAUUUUGGCUUCUGCUGCAGCAAAAGCUCUACUAGAUGGCAUUGUUGAAGAAAAACCAAAAGAAGAGGUGAAAAAGCCGAAAGUAAAACAACGUAGGCAUAAGGCUGCUGCUGGUGACCGCAAGCCAAAAGCUGCAAAGCUCCUUCCCCGCCAAGCUGCAGCUAAUGUUAAGGCUGAAGCUCCUGUGUCUAAAGCAGCCCAUAAGAUACAAGAAACGCAUGUGUGCCCCAUAUGCCCAAAAAGCCCAACCAGUAAGAUACAAGAAAAACAUGCAUGCCCCACAAAAGCAAAGACUGGGCAAGGGAAAAAAGCAGCCAGUGACACACCACAGAAACUGCAAGGGAAAAAAGCAGCCAGUAACAUACAACAAAAGAAUGUGUGCCAAACAAAAGCAGCCAGUAACAUACAGCAAAAGAACAUGCCCCAAACAGACAGCUGUGUUGAGCUGAAGAAAUCUGUGAACCUUGACUGACACACAGCACCACUGAAAGUGCAGAAGCCAACAUCUCAUCUGUCACCUCUGGGCAAGGUGUAUGAGAGACAGACACCUGCUCAAAAGGCAUGCACAGAACAGAACAGGGGUGUACUGAAGCCACCAACAAUCACUUUGCCUUCACUGAUAACACCCUUUGAAAGGUUGUAAUGAAACAAACCCACGGUAUCAGCGUUGCUUUCAUAGCCACACUGGAGCACAGGGUAGAAGUGGUUGGAUAUUUCCACCACCCUGGUCAAAAAUGGUCAAGCCAACUUGGCUGUAUGAACCUUCAGACUCUGCCCUCCCUUUGUAAAGAAGGUAGAGGUUCCUGUAUAUUAAUCAAUAGUCUUAAAUUACAGUAUAUACUUAUGCAAGGAUAAUCUGGCCUUGGGAAAGAUAUAUUAUGGGCUAUGUAUAUAGAAAUAUCCAUGUUAGAUAGUAACUUCUCAUCCAGUAAUCACACUUUAAGUGAAUGGAGCUCAGCUGCCUAAGGGUGAUAGAUUGUUGGGGGAAGUGAGGUCAAAAACCUGUAGCCUCUUGCUAUACAGUCUGAAGUAAGAAGUUAAAUUGUAUACCCAACUCCUCACUGUGUCUAAACCUGUACAGGUAAUCAGUUUCAAACCGAUGUUUUAAAAGUGAGACUGAAUUUUUUAAAGUGGCUUUUCUUUACAAGUGCUAGAUACCAGUUUUGUGACUUUCCAUUUAAGACAGAUGCAUGGAAAAUAAGCCUUGUAUUUCUAAAACUAGAUGUGAACUUUUGUACAGGAAACUGGCCAAGUACAUUAAAUCCCAUGCAUAGGCUUUCUGGUGUGUGUUCUCUUGAUUUCUUCUUAAGUGUACAUUGAAAUACUAACAGUGAAAAAUAGAUCAAAUAUUCUCAUGCUAAAAACACUGAAUCGUCAUCAUAAUGUCACAUCAGA